AUGAGUCAUCCACCACCAAGUCAAAAGCUGCCGGCAGGCCCGGCUUCGUAUCUGGAGCUGGAUGUGGGCCACACCCCGAUAGGCGGCACAGAAACACAGAGCGUACCGACACAGCUGCGGCCCGUGGCCAUUUCCACAACUAAUGCGUCCGCAGACCCCUCAUCAGCUGCGACAACAUCGUCGGGAACAACAUCAACUACAAACACGUCCAUUCCGACACACAACGACGCGGACGACUACACCAAUACAGAAGACGAAUCUGGCGUGUCUUCGGCAUCUUCUUCGCCACCAGACAUUUCCGGCUCGCGAAAGGCGUCCCGAUCUCUGCGUCUGUUCAAGCAUGAGGAUUCUCGAGAACGCGAGACCAAGAAGAGCGAACAGCGAACACAAAGCCGACCUCGCGACGAAAACGAGGAAACACGCAUGGCCGACGUGCGCUCGAGACGUGCGUCAGUGGUCUCUGAUGACAAGGAGGAGGAGAUUUCCGGCGCGACAUACUUCCCACAUACCCCUGGCCAGGCUCGUCUCAACACUCUAGCAGCUGAGCAGGCCGCAGCGAAGGCUCGUACUCGACACUACGUGGUGGAGCCCAGCAUGUACCAUUGGUCGGACCAGAAUGUGCCUCUGACGGCGUUGGUGGAGCGUGGCGAGUCGGUAUCGCCACAGGACGAACAAAGCCAACCCAUGGACCCCAACAAAAUCAAGGGUAUGGCUGGCGAGGACGUUGGAGUGACACGCAGCAGUACCCGUGGCGUCAGCAAGACAAGAAACAAGAGCCAGGUCCGUGAUUCAGCACCAGAAACUACCAGUACAGCAGACAUGACACCCGAGGAGAGGGAUACCAAAGCGACAAACAAUGGCCAGACCAAGGAGGAGGAGGAGACGGUUGAUCUGGACCUUACUUUGGACAUGGACGAUGCACCACAGGUGGAGUUGCACCUGCAUGAAGAUGUCAUGGUUGACGAGGCUGUCGACGAUGCUAACGAUCCCGACACUUCUCAGUUCCCCUUGGCAGUGGAGCUUACGCCGUUCAAGCACAAAGUGGGUGGCCAUACGGCCAUCUUCCGAUUUUCCAAGCAGGCUGUUUGUAAGGCUUUAGUCAACCGAGAAAACAUAUGGUAUGAGGCCAUUGAGCUGCGCCACUUUGAGCUGCUCAAAUUUAUGCCAAAGUACAUUGGUGUGCUCAACGUACGACACACGGCCCAGGUGGAGGAUGACAUCAAUGCAGUGUCACCUAUGCUUGGCGGCCUGGAAGAUAGCGAGGGAACCGACGAGAACAAAAGCAAAAGGUCGGCUGCGCCGUUGCUGACCUCAGCAGCUCCCAUCCAGACUCCUCAGCUGCGAGCGUACACUUCGCAGCCCAACAUGAAGUCUCCUCAGCUGGAUCGUCAGACGAGCUCUGCUUCCCUGAAAUCGCUGCAGACAUGCUUGCCCGAAGUCGUGCUGGACGACAAUAUUCACAUCAUCCCCGAAUCUCUGCUCAAGAAGUACUCGACCAGCGCCCCCAAGGAGGAUGCUUCACCCAAGAGUCUAGAUACCCCCACCUCUCCAUCUUCUCUGGGCAAUCUCCACAAGUCACCUGUUAUGAGAGUCAUGCAUUCCCCCGAGUCUCCGGCAGUGUCGUGGGGAGCUACAACUGUGAACCAGAAGCUACAGGAGUUGGUCCUCGCUGAGGUAUUUGCUCCUCGACGCGAUUCUCCCCGUACCCAUUCCACCAGCCGAAUCACGGGUAUCCCUACCUCGCAGCGAACACAUCGGUUUUCCACAUCAUCAGCCAUCAACACACUUCGACCCAAGUUGCAGCAUCCCAUUUCAUCACACCAUAGCAUGAGCGACCUAUCUUUGGCAGAGCUGCACAACUCUUCUGACAACAGCCACACAUCGUCUCUGCCCAGCAGUAUGUCCACGUCGGCCUGCCUGAGGUCUCCCCUAAUUAAGCCUCAGCAUCCCAAGUCGGUGUUCUUCGACACGUCUCCUCGAGUGAAGGCUUCUCGAGCUGAGUCUGUCGUUUCUAUCGAGGAGGAAGUGGAGGUGGAGAAUAACCGAGGAAGUGAUGGUGACGUGUUCGAAAUGGAUGGCGUCGACGGAGUUGAUGGUACUAACAACACAAUUGCCCUGUCACUCAGCAACCCUGCCCUGGCAGCACUCAGCACACCUAACAGCACCACUAAUCUUUCGCCUGCACCAGUAUCUCGUUCAGCGCUUCCUGUUAUUGUGCACGCCUCUCCUGGACGAAUUUACACUCGUACCGAGCGGUUUAUCCUCCUUGAGGACCUCACCAAUGGCAUGAACAAGCCUUGUGUGCUUGAUCUCAAAAUGGGCACCCGACAAUAUGGCGUUGAUGCAAUUCCCAAAAAGCAGAAGUCUCAGCGAACCAAGUGCGCCAACACCACUUCCAGAGCCCUGGGUGUGCGAAUCUGUGGUAUGCAAGUCUGGGACAUUCCGUCUGAGGAGUACAUUUACCAGGACAAGUAUUUCGGUCGAGCUGUUCGAGCUGGACCUCAGUUCCGAGCGUGUCUUGGAAGGUUCCUGUACGAUGGUCUUACCAAGGCAAGUGUGUUGAGACACGUUCCUGCUAUGAUUCGCCAACUCAACGAGUUGCAGGUGAUCAUUGCCAGUCUCAAUGGGUACCGGCUGUACGGGUCCAGUUUGUUGGUCAUCUACGAGGGCAAAGAAAAGGAGGAGGAGGAGCGUGAUAAGAAGAAGGAAACCAACAAGGGCGGCCUUCCUCCCACCACCAUUUCUCUGCGAAUCAUUGACUUUGCCCAAUGCAUUACAGGUGAAGACAAGCUGCCUCCCAACACCAACGUGCCGCCUCAUCAUCCCGAGUCUCCUGAUAAGGGUUAUCUGCGAGGUCUUCGUUCUCUGAAAAAGUACCUGCGAAUCAUUUGGCGCAAGCUCACUGGCUUUGAGUUGGACGAGUACUUACAGCUCCCUCCUGAUGACGCGGCUGCUCUUUUGGACAAGGCCAGGAUUUACGAACCCAUUCCCGCAUUGCACGAUUUUGACAUCGAAAAUUUCAGCGUCUCGGAGGAGCCCGAGUUUCUGGAUUACAUGGCGUACAAUGUCACAGCUACGCUGAGUCCUUCUACUUUGGGCUUUGUCUACGACGAUUGUACCGAUUCAGAUGUCAGCGACUAA